AUGGGUGUUUGGCUUCACGUGGACGCCGCUUAUGCGGGCAGUGCUUUCAUUUGCCCUGAAUUUCAAUAUCUCAUGUAUGGCAUAGAAUAUGCCUCAUCAUUCAAUAUGAAUCCAAAUAAAUGGAUGUUGGUCAAUUUCGACUGUUCUCUUCUCUGGGUUAAAGAUCGCUUCAAACUAACUCAGGCACUGGUUGUCGAUCCCCUAUAUCUGCAACACAGCUAUUCUGAGAGAGCAAUUGAUUAUCGCCAUUGGGGUAUUCCUCUAAGCCGUAGGUUUCGGAGCCUUAAACUAUGGUUUGUUAUUCGCAAUUAUGGUGUCGAAGGACUCCAGAAAUAUAUCAGAGAACACGUAAGACUGGCUAAACGUUUUGAGCUUCUGGUGAGAAAAGACGAAAGAUUUGAAGUUAUAAAUGAAGUGCAUUUGGGAUUAGUCUGCUUUCGUCUCAAGGGCACUAAUAUAAUAAACCAGAAGUUGUUGUCCUCGAUUAACGCAUCUGGCAAAUUGCACAUGGUGCCCGCUUCGCUAAAUGACCAGUACGUGAUCCGAUUCUGUGUGUGCGCCCAACGGGCCAACGAUCAGGACAUUGACCACGCGUUUGAUGUGAUCAGUCAAUUCGCUGCAGACCUGUUCGAGAUCAUGGAAAUGGACACAAAAGCGCGCAAACAAGUGGAAGAAGAGCAGAAGGAGAACGUGGAGGACGAGGCCGUCGACGAGGUGUUUAUGUUAGACCGCAAGAGGAAAAUGAGUCUCAGAUAUAAGCGA